UAAUAAUCGAUACGUACGUAGAACAAUAUAAACAAGCGUCGUCGUUGCAAAUUUGUAUUUUUCUUUGCACCGAGCUGAAUAUUCCAUUUGCCAAUUCGCAGCAAUUGUGUGAUGAACAUGAUGGAGAGUAAAGUGCUGCUGCAGGCAUUCCAAGAGCAACAACAACACGACAACAAAAAUGGAACGUCGACGGGCGUCAGCAUCGAUUCAGUGAAAUCGGCAAUUGCGAAAAUGGUUGUACGAACGGAACGCUUCCAAGGACGCGUACGCAAGCACAUUGAUGAUAACAACACCGAAUUUAUGCCCAAUCACACCACACCGGACAUGUUCCUCGACAAGUGCAGUUCGCUGUGCGACGAAAUUGGCGAACUGCAUUCCUCGGUGAGCAACGAUGGUCUGGCGGCAUUAAACGAUGCCAGCGGCGAGCUGGCGAACAGCAGUCGUGACCUGCGCGAACUCUUGCUGGGAUUGCGUGUCAGCGAGCACAUACUUAAGCUGGACGAUUUGUUUCAGUGCGUGGAGGAGGCUAAGGCCACAAAAGAUUGUCUUGUUGUGCUCGAUUUGAUGGGCAAACUGCGCGGUCUAAUAUACAGCGACGAUAGCAACCAUAUUCCUCCAGAUGUGGAGCGCAUCUUUCAAUCGCUUGAAUGCUACGAGUCCAUUAAGGUCAAGUAUCAUGUGCAGGCGCAUCUGUUGCAACAGCAGCUGCAGGAACGUUUCGAUCGUCUGCUGCAGCUGCAGUCGAAAUCUUUUCAGACGUCCAAGUGUGUAACGUUGCUGGUCAGCAAGGAUGAGUCACAGCUGCAGGACAUUGUGACAGCACUGUUCCAAGAGCGCUACAACCCAGCCAAAUUAUGUGCCUUUCUGCUGCAAGAAUGCAUCGAGCCCCUGAUCCUCAAACCCGUGUCCGUGGCCUACAAUGAGGAGGCCAAGGAUGGCACAUAUUUGGAACUGCAGCUGUCGUAUGCCAUCAAAGAACCAACAGAGGCAACGUCAGCUCAGCAGCAGCUGUUGCGUCCACACUAUACCGAUGUCUUUCAGCACUUGCAACUGCUGUGGCAAAUGUUGUCCAGCCUCAAUUGCAGUCUCAACAAUGGCAGCCAGCAUGAUCACGUGUUUGCGCUAAUCGGGGAUCAUGUGAAGGAUCGCAUGCUGGAGCUGCUGGUGGAGCAGUGCUUAAUACCCGCAGUGCCCGAGAGCAUGGAAGAAUACCAAAAGAGUACGCUGCGCAACGAUGUCCAGCAGUUUGAGCACUUUCUGGCCGACAUGUGUGUCAUCAAUCCCGAUCAGGAUGUGGCGCUGACUAAGUUUGCCCGUCGCUUUGACACCUACUAUCGCAAUCGGUUGUCGGCUCGUGUUCUUGCCACGGCGCGCGAGAUCAUUCAACGGGAUCUGCAGGACAUGACGCUGGUGGCACCCAACAAUCUGCCAGUCAACAUCGCCAACGAUCCGUUUCUCUUUCCGCGCUGCAUGAUCUCCAAGAGUGCACAGGAUUAUGUGAAGCUUAUGGAUCGCACAUUGCGACAGCCAGCGGAUAAUUUGGUCGAUGAUGCGCCGAAUCCGUUGAGCGGCGUUGUUGGCCUCUUGCUCGAGGCGUACAUCGAUGAGGUGCCCAAAGUGCACCAGAAACUGUUGCAGAGCAUUCCACAGCAAUCGGCAUUGUUUCACAACAAUUGCAUGUAUCUCAGCCAUUGGAUUGCUCAGCAUGCCAGCAAGGAUAUCGAUGCCGUUCCGUCGCUUGUCAAAAUGCUGCAGUCGACGGGCAGCAAAUAUUUGCGCGUACAAAUCAACUAUCAGGAGUCCAUACUCAUGGACAUUAUGAGCGGCUUUGAGUUCGACAAUCCGCACACGCUGGGCACGGCACCGUUGAAGCUGGUGCGUCAGUGUCUGCGGCAACUGGAGUUGUUGAAGAACGUGUGGCAACAGGUGUUGCCGGAGAAAGUGUACAACAGCAGCUUCUGUGAGCUGUUGCAUCCAUUUGCCAACGAACUGGUGCAGCGUGUGUUCAAGCUGCGCGACAUUUCCGCCACCAUGGCCAGCGAAUUGAGCGACCUAAUCGAUGUGGUGCUGGAGAAGGCGCCGCUACUAUUCCACGAUCCCAACGAGGUGGUCCAAGUGCGCUCGUGGCAAAAGCUGCAACAGCUCAAGCUCAUGAUGAACGCCUCGCUUAAGGAGUUCACCGAACUGUGGUGCGAUGGCGCCGGUCCGCUGACGGCCAACUAUCAGGCCAACGAGAUCAAGCAUCUGAUACGCGCUCUCUUCCAGGACACGGAUCGACGUGCCAAGGCCAUCACACAGAUUGUUUAG